CCGCCUGUCCGCCCCUUCGGCCCUUCCCCAUUCGCCGGCCGCCGCCGCCUGUCCGCCCCUUCGGCCCUUCCCCAUUCGCCGGCCGCUGCCUGCCCGCCUCCGCCUUCCAUCCGGCCAUCCGCCGCGCUCAUCCCCACGGGGAGCAAGAGGAAAGCCGCGGUCCGCGGAGGUCGGAGCCGUCAAUUUCCUCAGCAAAUCGAAGCCCGUAGGCCGUAGCCGUCCCGCAGGGGUGACCCCCCCUCCUAGCGAUUCACCGACGGCCCCCGCGAGCGCCCACCUCGAGGUCGCACCUAGCCCCUAGGGCUCCCCCGCCGCCGCCGCCGCCGCCGUCGCCGCAGCAGGAGGGCAUACACCGCCAUGGCGGGCAGGCUCCUCGCCAAUCUGAUCGUCAUGGGCGGAACCGUGGUGGGUAGGGCCAUGCUCCAGGCUUAUCGCCAAGCCAUUGUCAAUGCAAACAAAACAGGAGCUGCUCAAGAAGCUAUAAACGGUAUUAGACGGUCUAGCAAGGUCAUGACCGAGCAAGAAGCCCGGCAGAUACUUGGUAUCAGUGAAAAAUCGUCUUGGGAAGAGAUCGUUCAGAAGUAUGACACGAUGUUUGAGAGGAAUGCCAAGAAUGGGAGCUUCUAUAUUCAGUCAAAGGUUCAUCGUGCCAAAGAAUGUCUGGAAGCUGUGUAUCAAAAGCCUGAUGUCACAAACUGAGACCGUGUAGAGACCUAGCUUCCAUUUGAAGCAUUAUGUCUGAUUGAUUGAUGUGCCGGUGCAGCUAGAGUUCAUGUUUUUUUUUUAAGUUAUAUUUAGUGAUCAGGUUAAUUGGUUGUAAUGGUAGGCAGCUUUGAUGGAUUCAGAAUAAGUUUAACAAAGAGAUGAAAUUUUGACUGAUUCUCA